AUGUCGUUCGUAAUUGCUAAUGUAAUGAGUCAAAAUUUCAAUCACAGUAUCAAUGGCGUUCAGUGUACAAUAAUGGACGAAGAUUUAUAUCUUAACGGGCGAUUCGUUCGAAAACUUGCGCCAGAGGAGAAGGAAGCAUUAAGAAUUUAUAAUGAAAAUGUUGGCGAUUGGUUGAAACAACAGCAGGAACAAAUUAAUGAAGAAGUGAAUCAAAAAAUGCUUCAACUUCAAGAGAAUUUGAAUUUUUGGCCAUUUCAAGAGUCGUAUGAUAGAUUUCGUCGACAUGCAACGAGAACGCCUCGACGUGCUGGUUUCCAUUUUCCAAAAUUCCCUGACAUUUGUCAUGUUUGA